CCCGAGCACGCACCCGAUCGCAGCCCUCCACGCCCAGCUACUCGCCUCACCGCACCUCGAACAUGAAUUUUUGAGCGUGCGAGAACCGGUACCAACGGAACCGGGACCACCACUGCCCGACGCUGCGCCACGGGGCCGCCGAAAGCGCGGGCGCACAUACGCAGGCGAGGGCGUCGGCGAAGGUGCAAUGGGAGUCUGGCGGUGGAUCGUCGUCGCGCAGGUGAAGGAGGGCUCCGAGAACAGAGGCGCCAUCGAGUCUGUCGCGCGGGUCGUGCGCAAAUCGCUAUUGAGCGUCGACCCGCCGCUGCCCCUCGCACAGAAGCGGCGCCGGCCUGUCAAUGACGGCUGGCUUAUGAUCGAUGCUGGCGAGUUUGCUGUGCAUGUCGUGAGCAGAGCCGCGCGAGAGCAGUUCUUCCCAGAGCGGCGACUCUUCGUUGCAUAAGACUAUUGCUCAAGAUAUGUGUGCUUUUUUGCGUAUAUCCAAUCAUAAUUGGCCCAGCUGUUCCCUACUAUGAGGUGGGAUAAUUUC